AGACUUUGAUUCCCUCUCCAAGGAUGAUGUCUAUGAGAAUAACCGCUUGGCCUUUGAAUUGGCAGAGCGGGAGCUGGGCAUCCCAGCCCUGUUAGAUCCCAAUGACAUGGUCUCCAUGAAAGUCCCUGACUGCCUAAGCAUCAUGACGUACGUGUCUCAGUAUUACAACCAUUUCAACAACCCCAACCAAGCCAGAGUCCCUCCGCCUAUGAAGCGCCCAGCUGCUGCCUCCUCGCCUCCUCUGCUGUCCCACAAGAAGCCCGUGGCUCCGUGGGCUGGGGAGUGGCUUGUGGCGCAUGUCCUGAGCUCCCCAUGCUUUGUGUCUCAGGACGAUGCCCCCUCGGACCCAGCAGAGCAGUCCCAGCGCACCACGCUCAGCAGUACCUGUGCGGCCUGCCAGCAGCACGUCCAUCUGGUCCAGCGCUACCUGGCCGAGGGCAAGCUCUACCACCGCCAGUGCUUCAGGUGUAAGGAAUGCUCCAGUACACUGCUCCCGGGGUCAUACAAGCCCGGGUCAGAGGCAGGGACUUUCGUCUGCACGCAGCAUCGUGGUAAAUUGGCUGUGAGCGGAAAGGCGGAGAGGAGGCCCAGCCCAGACCGACGGUCGCCAGAGCUAAGAACUGAAACUGGGGCUGGCAGCGUGGGUGAGGACACUCUCCCCGCAGGAGCGGAGGUGGGGAAGGAUGACAGUGACUCCCUGGAGAGCACAGCAGAGACCCAUACGCCUGCAGAGGGGUCAGCCAGCCCAGCGGAGAAAGACAGCAUGCCCGGCAAAGCAGAGACAGCGGUGCCCCUUGCCCACGCAGGCAGCGGGGUGCCCGUCUCCCAAACUCCCCCCAGACCUCCCCUUCCCAGCAAGCCCACGGUGCUCACCCAGGACAAAGCCAGCUCACUGGACAGACGGCUGAGAGACACGCGGCCCACCCCUGCCCCAAGGAGGGCCACCGAUGCGUCAGCACUCUCCCUUCCGACCUCUCACCCUGUCCCCCGGCCCAGGUCCAUCCCCCAGGGUGAGGGCAGCGAGUGUGGGCCUGGCAUGGUGAAUGGGUACCUGAACCCAGCCCCCCUGUCCCAAAACCCCGAGGGAGACCCUGCUCCUCUGAUCGGGUCUUUGUCUCUUGGGGUUUGUAAAGAGUUUGGGGGCUUCAGAAAGAUGUUUCUUGCUGGAGCUGCUGCGAGAGCCAAGGACCCACCGUGGAUGGCCUUAGUGCAAGCAGAGCCCAAGAAGAAGCCAGCUCCCCCUCCACCCCCAGGCAGCAGCCAUGAGACUCUGAGCAAGACUUCAGAAGAGGAGGAUGGGGAGGAGGUGGGGAAAGCCAGGAGUGAGGAGAGCAGAUCUGACGCCACAGAGCCCAAACCAUACAACCCCUUCGAGGAGGAGGAUGAGGAGGAGGAAGAGGAGAGCGCUGCUGUCCAAAAGAGCACACCUGAGCAGGAGCAGAGCGAGACUGCUGCCAAGCCUCUCCACCCCUGGUAUGGCAUCACUCCUACCAGCAGUCCAAAGAUGAAGAAGCGGCCAGCUCCGCGAGCUCCCAGUGCUUCCCCACUAGCCCACCACCCCAUCUCCAGGCUGUCACACUCCGAGCCAUCGUCCUCCACCCCAUCUCCAGCCCUCAGCCUCGAGAGCAUCAACUCUGAGAGUUCAGCGAAGGUGCUGGGUGAUGCUGACGAGGCCUUGGUGCCCAAAAGCUCCUCUGAGCCCACUGUCCACAUGCCGACGGCCACCAAGACCUCUAGCACUGACACGCCACUGGCCAGCAUCUCUUCCAGCGAAAGCCCUGCUGCCCCAGCCAGCCUCUCCACCAACUCCUCCUUCUCCUCCUCCAGCGAGCUGGCCAGCUUCAGCGGAGAGACACAGUCAAGCACCCCACAUGCCAGCAGGAGCGUCUCCGCUGGCAGCUUAAAGACCAGCCCCAGCCGGCUGCCCCCCAAGCCUCCUGCUGGGGCUAGCCCUACACCCAUCCUCUUGGCUUCAGAUGGGGGUGCUGGGAGCCCUAAGACCCCCUCCUCGCCCAAGCCACAGCUGAAGUCUUCCUGUAAAGAGAACCCCUUCAACCGGAAGCCAUCACCUGCUGCCUCUCCCUCCGCAAAGAAACCUCCCAAGGGCUCUAAGCCAGUGCGUCCUCCUGCACCGGGACAUGGCUUCCCACUGAUCAAACGCAAGGUGCAGACAGAUCAGUACAUUCCCGAGGAAGACAUCUAUGGGGAGAUGGAUGCCAUUGAGCACCAGCUGGACCAGCUGGAGCACCGUGGCGUGGCCUUGGAGGAAAAACUUCGCAGUGCUGAGAAUGACAGCCCUGAGGACAGCCUGCUGGUGGACUGGUUCAAACUCAUCCAUGAGAAGCACAUGCUGGUGCGCCACGAAUCAGAGCUCAUCUACAUCUUCAAGCAGCAGAACCUGGAGCAGCGGCAGUCAGAUGUGGAGUACGAACUGCGUUGCCUCCUCAACAAGCCAGAGAAGGACUGGACUGAUGAGGACCGAGGGAGGGAGAAGGUGCUGAUGCAGGAGCUGGUGACCAUCAUUGAGCAGAGAAACGCCAUUGUGAACUGCCUGGACGAGGACCGGCAGAGAGAAGAGGAGGAGGAUAAAAUGUUGGAAGCCAUGAUUAAAAGGAAAGAAUUUCACAAGGAGGUGGAGACCGAGAGCAAGAAGAAGGGCAAAUUCAAGCCCAUGAAGGUGCUGAAGCUGCUGGGCAACAAGCAUGACUCCAAGAGCAAGUCGCCCAAGGAGAAAAGCUAGAGCAGGGAAACACCAGCAGUGGGAGGGAUGUGCUGCCCGACUGCCAUGGCCUCUCUGCAGCUGGCUGGGAUGCCUGCCAGGAAACGGGGGCUUGUCUCCCUCAGCUCCCCUCACCUCUCCCCUCGCUCCCUCCCCAGGCACUGGAGCUGCUACCUCAGGGAGACGCCAGCCCUCUGCCCGGAGUGGGGGAGUCCAACCAAAGCGCUCCCCUUCCCGAGGCUGCGGAGGAGCCU